CGCCAUGAUUUCGACUAGAAUUUUACUCCCGCUCGCGGCGCUCGCGCUGGCUUGCAUUGCGGGGGGCUCCGCCAACCGAGGUCAAGGAAAUCCGAACCCAGAGAACGGCUGCCCAAGGGUAUCAGAAGAUAGCUUCCGCAGGUUGAAUCAAUCUACAACAAAACGUCCACAAAUGUCACCAUUUAGACUUGGACAGAUCUGCCAAUAUCAUUCUCGUGAGAACAGGAACGCCCAAUGUAUCGGAGAUCCAAGCCUUGCCUUCCGGAACUGCACCUUGUGCUGCGCUUGCAGUGAUGGCGCUGCAAUUUUCUACUUUGAUACAACUGCACCCAAUGGAUUUCCCUGCAAAAAUAAGGGCCAUGACAAGUGCAACGACCAAGGAAAGUGCAAAACCAAAUAGCCAUAAAAACCACGAGAGGUUGCAUGAUUCAGCAGUGAAGUCAACUAGAUGUACACUGAAGACACAAGCAGCCUAGUAAACAU